AAAAAUGAUUAUGCAAAUAGUUUUUCACGAAUGGCUCCUCCUAUUUUUAUGGUGAGAAUUAUCAACUAUGAGUUGUAAGAAUGAAUACGUACUUGUAGGCUAUUGAUCUUUGGGAAGCCGUGGAAGAAUGAAAUUAAUCUACUGCCAAAAUAAUCCCUCGGUGGUACAAAUCAAGAGUCAUAUGGAAAAUAUAACCAUUAAGUUGAAGGCAAAAUCAACUUUAUUUGCUAAUGUUUCGACAACUGUUUUCACAAAAUGAUGACUCUAACAUCACCAAUAGAUAUUUGGAAUUAUAUGAAGAAAGAAUAUUCUGGAGAUGAAAGAAUACGAGGAAUGAAGGUACUAAAUUUAAUGAGUAAAUUCAAAUUGUGGAGAAUGAAAGAAUCAGAAACAUCAAGGAAUACUUUGACAGAUUGCUUGGUAUUGUCAACGAGAAUUGUUAUAUUCUUUGCAGGCUCAGGAACAAAGGAGACUUACGAGGCAAAAGAGAUGGUUAAUGGAGAAUUCGUAGCCAGCCACAAAACUCAAAACAACGACAAAUUCGUGAAAUAUUACCCACCUUGUCAGCACAGUGGAAAAAAUGGACAUCCUCCAUAUAAAAGUUUGAAAAGACCAGAUGCACAGUGGAAGAAUUGCAAACAACUUGGUCAUGAAGCUGUAAUUUGCAAAAUCAAAUUUCAAAAGGAUGAAGUUGUUGCCCAAGUCACUACUGAAGAGAAGAAAAAGAACACUUAUUUGUGGCAACUUGUUUUUCAACCAAAAAAUUUAAUUUUUGGAUGCAGGGGCGGAUUUAACUUAGGUGAAGGCGUAUCAUGUGACACGGCUUCGUCGGAAAAUUUUAUUAAUAAGUACAAAAAACUGAAAAUCAAAAAAAUAAACAAUGAACAAAUAUAUCAAAGUAACACUUCUUACACCAAAAAUGAGCGUAGUUUAGUUGGUUAAGGUUCUUCAUUACAUGUUGAAUGUUGGAGGUUCAAACCUUAAUAACCAACUUUCUCUUUCUUAGAUAAUUUUUUUAUUUAAAUUUGUUUCCCUAGCUAAAUCAAAAUUCGAAAAAAUUCUUAAUUUUUUAA